AUUUAAAAUGUUCUGCUUCUCCUGCUUCCUCAUGACGCCUCCUCUGUUUUUCACAGUCAAAGGUUUUCCAUAGCAACGGUGACGCUCUCUCCUGAUUGGCGGCAGCUCCUUCCUGUGUUUACCUGGUGGCAGCUAGCAGAAGCUAUUUUAAACCUCACAGUGUCCGUGAGCAGUGGAUUAACAGGUGCCAAUUAGAGCACGCAUGACUCCAUAACAAGGCCUUUGUCCUUCCGUGGCCGUUUUAUUGAAGAAACCUGAUGUAGAUGAGGAGUUUUAACGGGUUAAAGAGCCGUUGGUCGCUGCUAACGUGAGCUAACGUUCAGCUAACAGAGUGGAUGUGAUGCUAACAGCAUAUCAUUGAAGAAUAACUUCAGGUGUUUAGGACUGGUCUGAUGUUGUGUCGUCAGGAUGAAGCAGAGAUGGAGGUCUGGACAUCGUGUCUCGUGCUGACUCUGCUUCUUCAUGAGAGAUGGAUCACAACAACACAGAGCUACUGAGAGACCCCGGAGGAGAGCACGGACUAACAGACCGGGUGACGCCCGAGUCCUUCAGUCCAGAAAAGGAGCAGAGGAGAAACUGCUCGGUGACGGAGGAUCUGAACUCGGACGGGUCGUGGUCUCAGAGCUCCAUCUCCCGCUCCCUGCAGCGGGCGGAGUCGUUACUCCGGAGCACCUUUAACCCGAGUCUUAAGUGGCUGUUUCAGGUUCGCAGUCAGGAUGACGAGGACGAGGGAAACUUUGUUGUCGCACACAACCUGGUGUCCCGCUCGUCUGCACGCCUCCUAAGGCUGCAGCAAGCUCUGCUCAAUGUGGCCCCCCAGUGGCAGCCUGUGGGAGGGGUACCGACAGGAUCUGCACAGGUGUGUGUUAAAGGUCCCCCAGGUGAGGGCGGGCUGCUCCUACAGGCCUCCUCCCCCUCCCUGCAGGAGGACUACCUGGCUCUGAGGAGGCUGCAGGGGCAGCGCUCUUUGCUGCUCUUCGUCCACGAGUUCAGCAGGAGAGCUCACCUGGCAGCUGCAUUCAUAUCAAGAGUCACACACCUGCAGCUGGCUCAGACCCAGUGUAGCUGGUCGUCCUUCCGACCCUGUCUUGUCUCUCUGGUUCAGGAGUUGCGGGUCCAUCUGAGUCACUGGUCGAGUCUGUUCUCUAAGGUUCGGUCAGACCCGGACCUGAGACUCGUGGUGGUGCAGCAGACGCGUCUCCUGGAGGCGGUGCGUAGGAGUCUGGACCUGCUGGCUCUCCAGGCUUUGGUCCUGAUGGAGCGGUUAGUGUUCCUGGUUCUGAGUGCCGUGGUCCGGUCUGACCUGGACUCUGUACCCAAAGAGGUCCUGGAGGAUGUGUUAGGAGGUGCUGAUCUGUAUAACCAGGCUGUGGGGGAGCAGAGAGUCCAGCACAACGCCACCCAACUGAGGACUGCAGUAAUACAUCAGGCCCAAACCCCCACUCUGGGUCCUGGUCUUCCUCCAAGCAGGGGGCGUCACCCUGCAGGUGUGGGGGUCAAAGAGUUGAUGCUUCUGUUAGCGGAGCGUCAUGCAGAGCGGGCGACUCGACACCUGCUGAACACCUGGACCUGUGAGCAGGUGUGUCAGGUCCACAGGAUCCAAACAGGUCCUGACCCCCCUGAUCAGGGGGUCCACUGUGGGACCAGGACUCUGAGGGCUGAUUGGACCUGGGAGCAGCUUCAGCACACUCACCUUGCAGCCUACAUUACCCAUCAGCCCUCUCUGCAGCCCUCUCCUCCACACACCUCCUCUCUAAAACCUCCUCCAGACCUUCACCUGGACCAGGAGAAUCAGCACCAGGUAUCCAAGAAGACCUCAGUCUCCGUGGAGCUUCUGGUUCAGCUGCUGGUCUCCUCAGGUAAGCUGCUGGCUCCUCUGACAUCACAAAUACCUGAACACCUGAGUCUGGAUACAGGAUCAGAGGAGAGACCACCUCAGGGGAGGACUUUACCUGCUCAGGUCGGCAGUCCAGAGCCUGGGGAGUCCAGUAGACCUCGGUCAGACUUGAUCCAGUACCAGCAACCAGAGAACAAACCAGCACCAGAGACCAAGAACAGCUCAGGUGCUGGGAUAGAUGCAGACACAAACCCAGAGGUGGAGCCUGCUGAGCGGCCUGGUUGUCUGCGCUGGUCCCCGUCCGUGCAAUGGUUGGACCUGGGUCAGUCUGAGCUGUUUGCUGAGGUGUUGGGACAGUAUCGCACCCUGUUGGUGACUCUGUGCAGCAGAGCUCUGUGGCUGCAGCUGAUAGCCCCCCCACUACCAAACUCUGCAGGAAGCAUCAACCUCCAGGACACCCCCACCAGGAUUAGCAUGCUGAGCAGAGUCCAACAAGCUGCAGAGACAGAUUUGCUUCCAAAGGACCUCAGGACCAUGCUGGAGGGAUUCAGUCUGUAUCUGUUGGCCUUCACUGCACAUGCUCAGUGGGACUAUGAGGUGUGCAGGAGUUUAGGCUCCGCCCUGAAGGACAAGUGUCUCACAGGAGUGAACCACCAUUUGGCCUGUGAGCAGAACAGAGGUGUGAUGGUGUCACCCACCAUGAAGCACUUCCUGUGUCUGCCCCCUCCUCUGAUGUCAUCACUGAGCAGCUGUCAAUCAAACAGCAGGAGCUCAGGUAACAACACACCUUCAGGUCCUCUAAGCCUCUCCCCCUACAGGCUCUCUCUGCACAGACACACUGUUAGCUUAGCAUUAGCCACAAUGCAGCUGUCCACAAACUGGGUCAUGUCCAAGUCUUACCAGUUCCUGUCGUCAUGGAGCCUCAACAAGUUCCUGCUCGUCACCCAGGGAGACCUCAAAGUUCUCACAGAGACUUUAGAGCUGAUGCUUGGUCAGUUUCAGUCCCUGAUGAAGACCCACAACAGUCAGUCUGCUCUUCAUCACCAUCAUCAUCAGCUCCUGCUGAGGAAACAACUCAGAGAUCUGAUCUCAGCCGUGUCUAAGCUGCAGACGUUCUCCGCAGUGGUUCUGAAGACAUUCUCUAAAGACUGUAAGAGGAUGUCGGGGGAGAUCUUUGAACAGAUGAUGCCUGCUGCUGUUCAUUGGAGACUUCACCUCAGGACAGGUUUUCCCAGCAGUCCCAGUGACUACACCUCAAUGGCAGCUCAAGCUGUGAUUGGUCAGGUGUUGGAGGGCGUGGCUCCGCUGUCUGAUGACGCUCGUGUGCAGGCUCUGAGCAUCACCAUGACGGCGUUCAUGGAGGCGUGGAUGGAGCACAUCCUCAGACACAGGAUCAAGUUCAGUGUGCAGGGAGCUCUGCAGCUGAAGCAGGACUUUGACUCCAUCAGAGAAAUGAUCCAAUCAGAGCAGUACGGACUGUCAGCUGAUCUCCACCACAGGCUGCUCAGUCUCAGGGUCUUUCAGCAGGUGGACUCUGCUGUGGUGUGUCUGCUGCAGCAGCCUCAAGCUAAGCCAUACCUGCAGUCGAGAGCGUGGGAGCCGUUCACACACUGCUGUCCAGCUCACGGCAGCAGAGACAGCAUUGACUCAGUGGUGGGCAACAGUAUAACUAACCUCAGAUGUAUGGAGGGGGAGGAGCUAAAUGACCCCACUGUGGUGACCUCAGACCUCCCUGCUGUGGACCCCUCCACCCCCGGAGAGCCCUACCUGGCCCCCAGUGCAGCUCUAGGUUCUGCCCAGCAGGACUGGUUGGACCUGAGGAUCCACAGCACUGCCCGACGCUGGAGACUACCAGGAUUACACUGUCUGUCCAAGUCUGAACCCUGAACCACUACAGACCUUCAGAGACAUCCAUAGACCUUCA